CCUGCAUGAACGCCGUCGCCGAAGCGACUGUGUACUGAGAGUCGACGGCCUGCACAAACACCGCGUCAUUGUUAACCCUCCAGCUUGAGAGGCCAUCCAGCAUGGUCGAUCCGACCAGCGGGUUGACAUCGCCAGCCCCGAUGUACCUUCUGCGGAAAUAUGCGCCCUAGCGACACCGUCUCAGUUCGGUCGCCUUUUCAAACGCAAUUAUGGGCCGUGCUUACCAGGUUGGCCAUCUGCUGGGCACCUAGGUAAGUGAGUGCAGGCGUAUUGUUGACGUCCAGCAGAGGUGUUCGGUCGCCCGUGUUUGCGAAAAUGAAGGCAGAAUGCACCGUGUAGUUCUGAGCGUCUGCAAAGCUCACCCAUAUGGUGAGCAGCACAGCGACAAAAAGCGCCAUCAUGCCGACUCGUCUCCUAGGAUUUCGCUCUCUCUCUUCCUAGCUUCAGAUGAGCUCACAUGGAGCUUUCUUGUACGGUAUGAUAGACAGGAUGUCCAGCUGUCCUAAAUCAAGGGACAGCGAAAGACAACGACGCAAUUCACUGGCUCAAUUCAGGCGCCAAAAGAGCUUGAUAGAAGGCGAACAACGAAAGAAUGGGACAGGAAAAUAUCACGACGAGACAGAAGAAAACGAGCGGAGCUGUGCAAGCUUUAAGCAGUACCUAGCCUGGAAUUCCACUAGCGAGCCGAGCGAGCCAUCUUACGGGUCAGCUAUGCAUGCAACUCGUCAUUGAUAUACAAGCACUCGCUGAACCUUAUCAUCACAUCCUGCUAGGCUUGCAGAAAAGGCGGGCGCAUGUGGGCGGGCGUGUACCGCAGUGGUGAUUGACAGAGCGGGCGGGGAGUUGGAGCUAUACCGAGUCGGGGAAGCUUCUGACGGGCGGGGACGAGCAGCCAAGCAGCUUUGCAAGAACAACUGCACAACCUAGACCGGAUCGACGUAUGGCAUCGCUCAGAGUGACCGGGCUAAGCUUCUGCUCGGCGCGAAAGCUGCUGGAAGCUCCCCUCGCGUGUGUUGGGCUCCUUGGUACCUCCGCCGGUGGGGGACAAACCAUGUACAGAGAGGUACCUGUGCGAGUUAUUGUUUUGGAAGAUGCUUUCAACCGCUGCUAUCUUGUCUACAGUAUCGUCGUACUCCGUAAAUGGGGGGCGAUUUAUCUCAAGGAUUGCGUACGUCAUACGUAGGCAUAGACGCACGGAAAGAGACACAGAGAAAAAAUACCUGAGGGGAGAGACUUGGGUGCGAGCUGGCGUGACGUUGCGUGCUCGGACGACGGCAGAACCGGACUCAACCCAUUGGAAUCGAGAGUCGGCUUGCCAGGACUCAUUCUCCCGGAUUCUGGCUGCUUUUUCAGCAGAUGCGAACAGUACCAACGAAGCUCCACAAGGAACUAAUCGAUAACCCGGACCUCCUGCUAACCCAAUCCGACGUGCCCGUGCUCGUCAUUGACGGGCCCCUUGAUCUGAUUGUUGAUUCGAUAGCUAGCAAGGCUGAGUUGAAUGAUGAGCAGAGAAAAAUACGAAAGGCUGGGUCAGGAGGGACGGUGCAAGAAGUGGAGACGCGCUCCGAAGUGCCCAAACCCAUUUCGUACAGCUUCAUACUCUCAGCAGAUCGGAGUCAUCGGCCGCAUCUGCCUUACAUACUUGCUAUGAACAUUUUUGGCGCUGGCUUGGUACUUGCCCGAGCACAUGGAUUCGACAUUGGAAAGCACACGGAGAACUUAGCGCUGGAUGCAUGCACCGAGGACCAACUCGACCCCUGCGUCUGCUUCUGUUCUGCUGAGCAGACAAGGCCAGACGAAAAUAAAACUCAUCCGCUAUGAUCGACGCGGAUAUCAAAGUAUCGCUACAUAGUCUUUCACCUUCCAAGUAAAGUACAGACUUUGUACCUCUCCUCCAGCAUGCCAAGCGCCCAUUCGAGAGGUUAAUCGGUCAACAUGCGCGUUGAGCAGGCGCCGAAUUUCGAGGUCAUCUCAGACGCGAUGAGCUUCUCUGGAGUCCGCGGCCGUCAGUGCUUCUUUCCAUCAACCAGGCGCUCUUCGAACUCUUAUUUGACCUUCACCGUAUGGGCUCAUCAGAGGGCCACGGCACAGUCUUGGUGGAUAACGCGUGAAUUGAUUAGAAUGAGAACGACGACAAAUCUGCAUACUGGGAUCCAUCUAUCACCUGACCUCGCGUGUCAUCGCGUAUCUGGGCCCCUGGAGCAUAAGGCAGCAAUCAAGCAAUUGACUUUUGCAUACCAUCUCAACACGAAUCCUUGAAUCCGAAGCUGCCGUGUGCUCAGCCUCUGUAAAUGAAGCAAGAAACAUUCGUCCGACAUGCGACGACCGUUGUACACCGCUUCAAAAGCUGUUUCUCCAAAACUGGUGCGGUCGAUGUUGGUGUAAAUAAGAACCCCUCCUCAACCAAAGAGCCACUUUUGCUAUGCUGCGGACAAGAUGAUUUGCAUUGGUGGAUUCUUUCUAGCAUCAUCCAAAGCGUCGUUGCUUGCACCCUGUCCGCUUACUUGCUCGUUCUGAAACACUUGCAUCCACCAGCGUUGACUGGGCUGGUUUGCUUCGGCCUCUAUACAUUGUCUUGAUAUACGGAGAAGUGUCACUGCUUCGCAUGGGCGAAUGUUCUUCUACGGGAUUCGUUCUCACAUGAAACGUUGCUAAUGUCUCCUCUCCUCAUCAUCGAUAUGUCAGCGCUUUGUAUAUCUUUCCAUCGCGAUAGCUAGCUUGGCCAGUCGCCAGAUUAUCCACUGGAAGAAGUUAUCCAAAAUCCUGAACCACUAGAGAAAACGCUUUUGGUUCGUCAUCAGGAGUCUCAUCAGAAGGAGACACAGUUUCCGUUACAGGCUUUGUUUCCACAUGCACAUCCGAGGCUUUUAGUGAUGACAG